AUGUGGCAGAAUAGGUUUAGUCAUGUCAACAAAACUACUACAUACGAAUCUCCAUGUGUCAGAAACCCGGAUCCACCGCCCAAACCAGAACCCAGAGCAGUUACUUUGGAGCGAUCACCAUCACUGGGUUUUGGGUUUGUAGCAGGCUCAGAAAAACCUGUCAUUGUAAGGUUCGUUACCGAAGGAGGACCAAGUGUUGAUAAGGUUAGUGUAGCUGUAGAUUUUUAUAAAAAGGGUCAUGUAACAGCUGUAUAA